UUUUGAAGUGAGCGAGGAAAAAUGGCGACCAUCGCGAUGAAGUUGAACGGGACAAUUUACACAACAAUAAUGGAUUUACCGCACAGUCUGUCAAACAAAAUUAAAGUGUCGGCGUUAUUAGUUUUAAUACUCGCUUUUGUAAGUAGUAGCAAUGGAGAAAACACAUAUGAAGAUAACUCUUAUGAAUUUCUCAAGCGGGAGUAUUCGCUGAGUAAGCCGUACCAAGGACUGGGCUCCUCCAGCUCGUCACACUGGGAGUUUAUGGGCAACACCAUGGUCAUGCCUGAACACAUACGGCUGACACCAGACAUGCAGAGCAGACAAGGAGCCGUGUGGAGUCGUAUUCCCUGUUACCUGAGGGACUGGGAGCUUCAAGUUCAGUUUAAGAUCCAUGGAGAGGGCAAGAAGAACCUGAAUGGGGAUGGCCUUGCAAUAUGGCUGACCAAAGAGCGAAUGCAAAUAGGUCAGGUGUUUGGAAGCGCCAACAUUUUUACUGGUUUGGGUAUUUUUGUGGACACUUAUCCAAACGAUGAUAAGCAGCACGAGAGAACGUUUCCAUUCAUCUCCGCAAUGGUUGGGAAUGGAAGUGUUGCGUAUGAUCAUGACCGUGACGGACGAACUACUGAUCUUGGUGGUUGUACUGCUCACGUUCGCAACGUUGAGCAUGACACAUUUGUCCUGAUCAGAUACAUGAGGAGCAGACUAACAAUUAUGACUGAUAUUGAAGGGAAGCAGGAGUGGAAGGACUGUCUGGAUAUGCCUGGAGUAAGACUGCCACAGGGAUACUACUUUGGUGUCUCAUCCGCAACUGGAGAUUUAUCAGAUAACCAUGACCUGGUCUCUUUCAAGCUCUAUGAGCUCACAGUGGAACGCAGUCCUGAAGAGGAAGAGGAGCAGCAGGAGAUCACACUACCUAGUGUUGACUACCGAGUGGACCCUAAUGUUCACGUGGAGGAUGAAGGAAGGAGCAUCAUCACCACCUUCUUCAUCUUCAUCGUCUCUGUCGUUGCACUGGUCGUGGUGAUCGUGGUCAUUCUCUUCCUAUAUAGUCAAUAUAAAGACAGCCGCCGCAAGCGCUUCUAUUGAUCUACUGAUUGAAGAGAGCAAAGACAUGCCAUGAGAGAUCCAAUGUGAGUUUGACUGGCUUUUUUGUUUUGUUGUUUUUUGCAAAAAGAACCAUUUCUGGUUCACUCCAACAGAAAGGAACUGAAGGCCAACACUGAACUAGAAGCCAUAGCUGAUCUCUCAGUAUGAAAACAGACCACCUCAAUCAUCAAUAUCAUCUCAAAAACAAACUGUUGAAGAGUGUUUGAGAGACUGUGCGUCUUUUUUUUUUUUUUUUUUGAAGGUCUCUUCAGAUAUUUGUGCGUUUUUCUGUAAUUUUUGUACCAAUUACACUGACCUUGGCCUUUCUCCCUGUGACAGCAUUUACAGAGGCUAAAGAGUUCAACAAACUAUGGUAUUCUCAGGUUGUCAACUGUAACGCAACUGCAGAAGUCCCAGAAGCCCUGGUGCUUGUUUUUUUUUAUGAUCAAAAGAAGAAACUCGGUCACCAGACUUCAGUAAAUCAUCUUAUCCACCACACUCGCUAAAUAGUCAAAGAUCAUGUUUUAAGAUUUGUAAAAUUAAUUGAGAUUUAUUUCACCUUUAUACAAGUAAUGCUGGCCAGCCGUGCUCUUCUUAACCGACAGUAGCAACCGACAGUGUGAACGUGAAUAAAAUAGUUUCUCCAAAUUUGUGUUUCGUAAUAAAUGAUAGAUACUUGAUGUCUUUUGUUAUAUGUGGUCCUGUUUAAUGUUAUUCAACACUGCACUGAACUGCUCGGCCAUAUGUAGCUUGUCUAAAGUUACUUUGGUUUGUGAAACAUGAUUUAAUUAACUAUGAUUUUUGUGUGAAACCUUUAUUUUACGUGUCAAUGGCCUUAUUUGAAUACUAUGUUCAAUUGUUUUGAUGUGCUGGACAAUAUAACAACAGAAAUGAACGAAAACGUGGUUUCUUGAGUUUACUUUUAUCUUGAUAGUUUUUCAAUAAUUGAAGAUAUCCAGUUGUUUUCCUUCCAUGCUGCAGUUUUUCCUGUCACUUCUAGUUGCUGCUGUUUACAGUUAUUCAAGGUUUGCUGAUUGUCUGUAUAAUGGCAGAGACUGUAGCUCAGUGAUUGAGGAAGCUGCUGUAUAAAACUGUUGUGUCUUUUGUCGUCUUAGUUUUUUCCACCAUGUUUAAUGCUCAAACUAAAUUAAAGAAG